CCAUCUCCAUUGAUUCAGGAGGGAGCGUGCUGGUCGGUGUGUCCGCGUGCGCGCGUACGUAAGUACGUGCGAGUCCAAGCGCAUUUGCGAGAACGCGCACGCGCCUACGUACGUGUAUAUGUGCUGGGCGCUCGAACGGUCCGACAGAUCUGGAGCCCGAGCAGCACCGAGCCACGAGAAAGCCAAGCGGAGCUAAGCAGGCAGCCCGCGAGCGCUCGGCUAGCAACGAACCAACCAACCGCACGUUCCACAGCGAGACAUGGUCGCUUCCAUACCCGGAAUCCUCCUGCUAGCGCUGCUAAUAUGCCUCCCGCACUCCACGACCGUUCACGGAACCAGAACGGAAUGUGAGGCAAACCUAUUUCAGUGUGACAAUGGGCGUUGCAUCCAGUCUGUUUGGAAGUGUGAUGGUGACGAGGACUGCAGUGAUGGCAGUGAUGAAAGCUCAUGUGUUAAGAAGGUGUGUCCAGAGACAGACUUUGUAUGUCGUAAUGGCCAGUGCGUUCCAAAAAGGUGGCAAUGUGAUGGGGAGCCAGACUGUGAGGACGGGUCAGACGAAAGUUCAGAAAUCUGUCACAUGCGUACAUGCCGUUUGAAUGAGUUCAGUUGCGGAGCAGGCUCCACUCAGUGUAUCUCCAACUUCUGGAAGUGUGAUGGUGAAAAGGACUGUGACAAUGGAGAAGAUGAAGUCAACUGUGGUAAUGUAACAUGUGCUCCAAAUGAGUUCACCUGUGCCAGCGAACGCUGCAUCUCCCGAAACUUUGUAUGCAAUGGCAAGGAUGACUGUGGUGAUGGCUCUGAUGAAGUGGGGUGUUCGCCGUCUUCCUGUGGCCCGAGUGAAUUCCAGUGUGGAAAUUCAUCAUGCAUCCCAGAUAGCUGGGUGUGUGAUGAGGAUGUUGACUGCCAGGAUCAGUCAGAUGAAGCACCAUCACGUUGCGGUCGUCACCCAACUCCACCAGCCAAAUGCUCAACUAGUGAAAUGCAAUGCCUUUCAGGAGAAUGUAUUCACAAAAAGUGGAGAUGUGACGGCGACCCUGACUGCAAAGAUGGCAGUGAUGAAGCAAACUGUCCUGUACGCACUUGUGGAGCAGAUCAGUUCAAAUGUGAUGAUGGGAACUGCAUACUGGGGAACAGACAAUGUAAUGGCAUCAGAGAGUGUGCUGAUGGAUCAGAUGAAGUUAAUUGCAGAAACUUGACUCAGUGUCAUGGACCCGAGAGGUUCAAAUGUCGCAGCGGUGAGUGUAUUGAAAUGAGCAAAGUGUGCAACAAGAACAGAGACUGUCCUGACUGGAGCGACGAACCCAUCAAGGAAUGUGAUCUCAACGAGUGCUUAAUGAACAAUGGGGGCUGCUCGCACAUCUGUAAAGACAUGACAAUUGGUUUUGAAUGUGACUGCACACCUGGGCUGCAGCUCAUUGACCACAAGACCUGUGGAGACAUUAAUGAGUGUCUGAACCCAGGCAUCUGCAGUCAGAUCUGCAUCAACCUGAAGGGAGGAUACAAAUGUGAAUGCCACAAUGGCUAUCAGAUGGAUCCAAGUACCGGCGUCUGUAAGGCUGUAGGUAAGGAGCCCAGUCUGAUUUUCACAAACCGCCGAGAUGUUCGUCGUCUGGGUCUCGAGAGAAAGGAGUACACUCAGAUUGUGGAACAGCAGAGGAACACAGUGGCACUGGAUGCAGAUUUUGACCAGCAGAUGAUAUUUUGGGCUGACCUGGGACAGAAGGCCAUAUUUAGCACGCUGCUUGACAAACGAGGCGAUGUGAGCACCCACAACAAAGUGAUAGAAAAUGUCCACUCUCCCCUUGGAAUUGCUGUGGACUGGAUUUAUAAGAACCUGUACUGGUCUGAUCUAGGUUCGAAAACUAUUUCUGUUGCCAACUUUAAUGGAACCAAGCAGAGAAUUCUCUUUAAAAGAGGCCUGAAAGAACCAGCUUCCAUUGCGGUAGAUCCAUUCUCAGGCUUUCUGUACUGGUCCGAUUGGGGUGAGCCAGCCAAAAUCGAGAAGUCUGGUAUGAAUGGAGUCGAUAGGCAGAUUCUGGUAGCAACAGACAUCCAAUGGCCAAAUGGAAUAACGCUUGAUCUAAUCAAAGGCAGGUUGUACUGGGUUGAUUCAAAGCUACACAUACUCUGCAGUGUCGACCUGAAUGGGGACAACAGGAAGAAAGUGCUACAGUCGUCAGACUACCUUGCUCACCCCUUUGCGCUCACUGUUUUUGAGGAUCGUGUCUUCUGGACAGAUGGUGAGAAGAAAGCCAUCUAUGGUGCUAACAAAUUCACUGGAUCAGACAUUGUGACACUUGCUAGCAACCUGAAUGAUCCACAAGACAUCAUAGUAUAUCAUGAGCUUAUUCAGCUAUCUGGAACUAACUGGUGUGCAGAGAGAGGUGCAAAUGGAGGCUGCAGCUACAUGUGUGUGCCUGCACCACAAAUCAACAAACACUCGCCGAAAUUUACAUGUCUCUGUCCAGGAGGACAGGAAUUAGUUGCUGAUGGUCAACUCUGCAGGCCUGAAGCCAACGUUAGUACAUCAAUUCAGGUAAACACCACAGCCAGAGGUUCUGCAGCCGCUUGGGCCAUACUGCCCGUGUUGCUGUUUGCCAUGGCAGCAGCGGGCGGCUAUUUGAUGUGGAGAAACUGGACGGUGAAGAACCAGAAAAGCAUGAACUUUGACAACCCAGUCUACUUGAAAACCACAGAAGAAGACCUCAACAUUGACAUCACACGGCACAGCGCCAAUGUGGGGCACACGUACCCAGCGAUUUCAAUAGUGAGCACAGAGGAUGAUCUCUCAUGACCAUGCCAUCUCCCCCCCGCUUUUUUUCUUUUCAUUGGAGCUCACUGCAGAGCAUGUCAUCCCCAUGUGAUGAUUGUCCCAACAGCAGCAACAUCGCUCAUAUUAUGACCACAUGCCUACUAAAGUGCAUUAUUGUCAGUGGUGACAGUCACUGAAAAAUAUUUAUUUUGUAAAUAAUUGAAUUGUUUCAUUGUUCUAGUUUUCAAGUUUCUCUCCCCUCAUCGGAGGAAAAAACUAUCUCAAUGUACUCAGUAGCCUUAUGCUGCGCCAUUUGUGGUCUAUACAACUUAGCCAUGGAAGGUCCAGAAGUUGUCAGUUCUCUUCUCACCAAACGGAUCUGAAUGAACUGUCCACUUUUUUUUUUUUAUGAUAGGCUAUGUGGCAUAUCAAAAGGAUCUAAUUUUUGCGACACCUCCCAGAAUGCAUUCUCACUUUUUGUUUUUAUGACAUGUUUUCAGCAUUUGUAAACAUUGUACAUAUUUUGCCACCAUCUCAAACGGUCUAUCAGGAUUCUAUUUGAUGCACUUUGAAAUGUUUUGUGUAAAUAAGAUUGUAUACACUUGAUGAGAUCUUUUUUGCUACGGUUGGGCAUUGUACCAGGGUUACAUUUCAAAUAUACUGAACGUGAGAUAAAUUCAAUACAAUUUGCUAAAACUAUUUUGUAUGUGUGCUGUGGCUCUUUUCUAGCCUUGUACAGUUGUUUGAACAUUUGAAAGCGCUUAUCUGUCCAUGGGGGAAAUGAUUUUCAAAUCACUUGAAUUAAAAUGAAUCCAGAACAUUGUUCCAA